GUUUAGACCUGUGAUGUGCACAGAAGGAAGAGACCUCAGCAAGUUAGGCUACUGUUGCAUCAUUUGAGCCCUCCUCCAUAUUUGUGCUGGCCCUUACGACUGCUGUUCUUGUGCUGACAGAAUAUUUGGAACGAUGGGAGUCACUAGUCUGUGGCAGAUCCUGGAACCAGUGAAACAACAUGUCCCCCUUAGCCACCUUAAAGGCAAGACACUGGCUGUUGAUUUAAGUCUCUGGGUGUGUGAAGCACAGAGCGUUAAAAAGAUGGCCGGAGUAGUCACAAAGCCACACCUCAGGAAUCUUUUUUUCCGAGUCUCUUCUUUAACGCUAAUGGGGAUCCGUCUGGUAUUUGUGAUGGAGGGAGAUGCUCCAAAGCUGAAAGCAGAUACAAUGAGUAAACGGUCAGAGAUUCGUUUUGGGCACUCCUUCAGACCUGGGGCUGCAAGAACAGGGAGAUCUCAUUUCAGCUCAUUCUUGAAAGAGUGCCUGGAAAUGCUGGAGUGCUUAGGAAUCCCUUGGGUCCAAGCAGCUGGUGAAGCAGAAGCCAUGUGUGCCUAUUUGAAUGCAAGUGGCUAUGUGGACGGCUGCAUCACAAAUGAUGGAGAUGCCUUUCUUUACGGUGCUCAAACAGUCUACCGGAAUUUUACCAUGAACAUAAAGGAUCCACAUGUUGACUGCUAUUCAAUAUCCUCUAUUGAGGAGACGCUAGGCUGCAACAGAGAGUGUCUGAUUGGAUUAGCAAUUCUGCUUGGCUGUGAUUAUCUUCGUAAGGGAGUUCCUGGAGUUGGAAAAGAACAGGCUUUAAAACUAAUUCAAACGUUGAGAGGUCAGAGUUUGCUGCAGAGAUUUGAGCAGUGGAAAGACCCCUUUCAAUAUGGUGAUAUCCCUGCUAAACCACUUAAGAAGGUGGUUCACUGCACCGUAUGCUGUCAUCCAGGCUCUUUUAAAGAUCACAAGUGUGUUGGGUGUCAGCUUUGUGAAAGUGUGGAGUUCUGCAAACCCCAUGAGGCGACGUAUCUCUGUCCUUGUGACUGGCAUUUGUCACAGAGAGAUCGACAAGUGAGGAUAGUGGAGGACAGCAUUAGAAAAAAGGCUAAAGCAUGUGAAGGCUUUCCAUUUCCUGAGGUUAUCCAAGAGUAUCUUGUCAGCAAAGACAAGCUGAUGAAGCCAUAUAAGUGCCAAAGGCCAAAUUUGUUGUCCUUUCAGAGGUUUGCGUCUGAGAAAAUGGACUGGCCCAAGCACUACGCAUGCGAGAAACUGUGUGCUCUUCUGACAUACUAUGACAUGAACAGAAGGAAGGCUGGCCACGCUGAUCCAUGGCAGCUGCAGGCACUUCGGAUAGUCAAGACACGAACAAAAAACAAGAUUCCUUGUUUUGAAAUUGAGUGGCAAAAGCCAGAGCAUUUUGCUACAGCAGAUGAUCAGUCUGUGGAGCCUUUUCUGAUAACAACAGAAGAGUCAUCGUUAUUUCAUGCUGCUUACCCAGAAAUCGUUGCCCAGUAUCUAGUGGAGAAAUCGGAAAUUUGCAAAGAAAAAAAGAAAGGCAAAAAGGCAAAGCUUAAAAAGAAAGAAGACUUAGCAGGUGGCAGUGAAGUUGCAGAUCUUCUCUCUCGGCUGAACUUGCAGUCAUCAUGUGAGAUCUUUCCAGAUCAUAAUCCCAAGUAUGAUUUCAACUCUGAUUGUCAAGCAUUGCCAAACCCUGACUCUAAAUCUCAGUUACCAUUUGUAUCCGUAAGUUUUUCUGCCGAAAUCUUACCAAGUCAGAAUUCACCUCCCUUGCUGGUAACUCCUUCACAAAAUGCAUGGAAUGAAUGCAACUCUAAUAGCUGUCUGAGCUCACAAAGAGAAAUCAUUGACUCCUCCAUGGACUCUUGUGCUUCCUUUGCCAUUGCUGAUCUACAGUUGAGUAAUGUUGACUGGAAAGGCACAUCCUUUAGCAUUUCUCCAGACAAAAUUAAUUAUUCUCGUCGUUCAGAAUCUGAGUGGCUUGCAUGUACUAAUUCUACAGGACAACGUGGUCCACUGCAUUGCAAAACAGCAGACAUUAUCCCACUGUUUUCUAAUUCUGUACAACGUAAUCAAGAUCCACCCAGCAGUGUGGACUGCUCGGUUUCAGGCAGCAAGCUUCCUGAAGGACAAAAUUGUUUAUCAUCAAAAGAGCAAGUAAUUCUAAAGCUUUCUGCUUUGGAAAGUUUUUCCAGGGAUCCCAAAGUAUCUCUGCUCAGCCCUUUGCAAAUGACAGAACAAACAAAAGGAACUUCUAGCCCUGAGGGUGAAUUUUCAAAUGUUUUAGCUCAGCAAAAUGACAGCCUUCAAAGAACUGAAAUUGUGCUGCCUAAAAAAUAUCCAAGGAAAUUCAGCUUAGAAAACAAUACAGAGCUGCCCAAGCAACCUGGAUAUGCAUCAAAAAAACCCAACGGUUCAAGCACUUCCAGAUCUGUGGGUCCAUGCAUUGAAACCAUAGAACCAAGUUACUCUGGAAAUCAGCCAGUGGUGUCAACAAAGGAUCUUGAUAACUGCCAGAGAAGAGAAUUCUUUGCACAAAUGAGUGUGAAAAACUCACUUAAGAGUGUGUGUCAAAGUGGGUAUUAUUCCAGUGAAGACAGUGAUGGAGGAAAUGUGCAAGAUGGGAGGAAGACUCCUAGAAAGCCCCGGGGGCAAAAGAAGUGUAGCCUGGUUCAACUGAAGGAUAAGUGCCCUGUGAAAAGAAGUGACAGUAAAUCAGAGCUUGGAAUUAAGCAAAAGGAGAAUGUCUCUGGCACAGAUUUGUUAGUGGAAGAGCAUCUAAAACCUGCCUCUGUUGUGCAUGUUCCCAGUUCUCCAAGCCCUAUCAAUGCAUCUUGUCCUCAUCUCCAAGACAAUGGAAAUGUGGCUGUGUGGGUUGACAGCCCUCUGCCGCUGGCCGAAAGGUUGAAACUAAGGCUGUAGAGCCAUUAAAAUUUCUCUUCCUUUCAUUAUGUCAGAGGUUUCUUUAAUCACAGUCUCUUUCCAAUUCAUAGGUGAAAGCUCUGAGGAGAGCUUAAGAAAAGAGGGAGAGCUUGAAGCUUGAGAUGGAAAUGUUGUCUAACUCUUUUAAACUGACCUUACAGUGGUUCCGUGUAAUCCUUGCCACAGGCAGGCUGUGAACUGUGUAGACCAUGUGUUCCCAAGAAAAAACAACCACACCACAGUGCCAUGAGGCCAAUCCAUUAAGAAACACGCCUUUUUUUUCUUCUAAUCAGUGAACAUCUCACUACCAAGAACACUGCUUGUAUACAGCUGGAUGACAGCCGUGUGAUGGUGAUAUCUGAUGUGUAUACACUUAACAAGUUUGUUCGAGGCAAUGCUUUUGUGCUGUCUGACUUCUUCAUGGGGACAAGCCAAGGAACAAUAUGUUGUUGAAGGCUUUCACGGCUAGAGUCCAUUGGUUGUUAUAGAUUUUCCGGGCUGUGUGGCUGUGGGUUUGGCACUGUGGUUUUGACGUCUCACAGUGCCAAGACCACAGCCACAUGGCCUGGAAAAUCUGCAACAACCAAAAGCCAAGGAAUGCUUCCAGGGGUGUGAUUUAAUUCCUAAUUCAAUUGUAUCAAGAGUCCCUUUUCUCUGGAAGAACUAUCCAGUGCCAUGCUCCAUAGCAGGGCAUGGGCCACCUAAUUGGCUUUAUCGUUACAAAAUUUUUCCAUGCACCAAAUUCAGCUCAAGCCAGUCACAUAUCACCUUUUCAGAAUAUCUUGUCGUUCAGCUGGGUAUACUGCUGGCCUGUCAUGGGGAGGUGGGGAAUGUGAACACUAAAAAUGUGACCACUGAGUUCUAGGGAAAUUAAGUAAAUCAGAUUAGUGGUAAAUGCUGAUUAUUAUUAUUAUUAUUUUGCUGUAUCACCUUUCAUUUUGAAUAAGUGAGUUGCCGCCCCAAAGUAUUUGAUUUAGAUAUCAAAACAGGAUAUUUAGGUAUAUUUCACUUCCAGGCAGAGGAGAUAAUUUCAAAACCUAAGUUCAGUGAGUGUGGAAUCAUGUAAUAAUAUCCAACUCCCCAGUAAUUACAUGCAAACAUAGAUUUCAUAUUGGAAUUGUACACUUAGACUUCAAUUUGUUAUUUUUGUUGCAUUUCUAGUGGUGUUGGACUGUGGCCUUAACACAGUACCUUUAUAAAACAGUAUGUAACUCUGAACCUGUUUUAAAUGUUGUCUUCAUUUGGAUGCAGUUUAGCUAAGACAGGGCUUCAGAUAUCAGUAGCUUAAAUGAAGCCCAAAGAACCUUAUGCGUAGCAUACUGUUUCUCCCACUGCUGGAUAGUGCAUGGCUUUUAACAGAAUUGUGUUAUUUUCACUGGUCUUAAUAAAAGUUUUGUUUUUGGUAUUUGCCAGCACAGCUA